AUGGUUGAUGAAGCUCGUGAUGAGUCCAUGAAAGAGCAAAUGGCUAUGGUGUUUAGAUAUGUUGAUGCAGAAGGCUUUAUGAAAGAACACUUUUUUGGGCUUAUUCAUGUUGUUGACACUACAGCUUUGACUCUAAAGAAGGGGAUAUAUUCUUUGUUAUCUCAAUAUUACUUAGAUAUACAAAAUAUUCGAGGGCAAGGAUAUGAUGGAGCAAGCAACAUGCGAGUUGCCAAUGCUAAUGAAAUAGCACGUUUGAUUGAUCUUGAAGAGCUUGAGACUGGAAGUGGACUUAAUCAAAUUGGCACUUUACAACGACCUGGAGAAACACGUUGGAGUUCACAUUUUAGAUCAGUUUCUAGCUUAUUAAGGAUGUUUAGUUCAACUGUUGAAGUUUUACAAAAUAUAAUUGAUGGUGCAAUUGAUGGAGAAAAUCGGGCAGAAGGAGAGUCAGCUUAUGAAGAUUCUCAACUACAAGAACUAAAUUAUCGGUUUAAUGAAGAUGCAAUGGAGUUGCUUAGGCUUAGCUCAGCUUUAGAACCUGGAGAGGCAUUAAAAUCUUUCAGAAUUAGUGAUCUUUGUUUGUUGGUAAAGAAUUUCUAUCCACAAGAUUUCACAAAUUAUGAAAAACAAGUGUUGGAGAAGGAGCUUUAUCAUUUUGAGCAUAAUGUAGUCCAAGAUCCAGAGUUCAAAAAAUUUAAAAGUUUAUCUGAGUUGUCUCAAUGGUUAGUGAGAAUUGGAAAUUCAGAACACUACAAACUUAUUUAUAGAAUGGUGAGACUUGUGCUCACUCUUCUAGUUUCUACUGUUACUACAGAGCGAGCAUUUUCAACUGUGAAACUUGUCAAAACUAACUUCGAAACAAAAUGGAAGAUGACUUUUUGA